UAAACUUUUAGAUAUUUUUAGUCCGUAUUUAGCUUCUUUAACUUUUGACUUUUAUUAGUUCGAUUCACUUUUCUUUGCUGGGAUUGGGACUAUCAAAACUGCUCAUGGUGUAAAAAUGAAGGUUUUAAAAGUUAAGAGAAGCUAAAAACUGGCUUGUAGAUCACGAAAGAUGAUGGUCAAGGAGGAAGGUAAAUUAGAUUUUUUUUUUCUUUUCUAUUUUAUUUUAUAUGAAAUGCAGGAGGUACUGUACGUGCGGUGAGUCGGGACUUGCGCUCAAGAACGUUAAAGUUCAUUGGGCCUAAGCCUAUAAUUGAUGGGCCUCCGGCCUCAGGGACAGGGGUCCAGUUUUUCAACCUUUCGGCUUCUUCCCGCAGCUGCCGCCCGCGCCCUGCUCGACGCUAUUCCCCACCGGAACUCAACCCCAGUCCCCAGCACCAAGCUACCAUGCCACCCGCCGCAUCCACAACCGCAUUCUCCACCACCUCCGCCGCCCAAGGGCUCCUCGCCGACGCGGCGACGUCCCAACGCUCCGGGUCUUAGUUGGCCAUCUUCGAGGCCGCCGCGGCCUCAUCCGCUCCCUUCCCUUACCCUCCUCGCCGACGCCGACACUUGCGGGCGGCUUCCUGCGCUGGGAGGCGAGGGCGGGACCGUCCCCGUUCGUCGUGGCGGGAACCAGGCCUCGCGCGGCUGGUGCUGGUGUUCGACCGACGGAAUGCCGCGCGGGAGCGCGGUACUCUGCAACUUACUCGUCAGGCUGGGCCAAGGUAUUUGAGCUGCUCAGAGAAAUGACGAGGCACAAGGAAAAUGGUGGGGGCCUGUUUGUGUGAUAACAACAAUUCCAGCAUGUAGAAAAUGCUGCUUGUUUGUGUGGCGGUUGAUUAUUGGUGACGGGUGAGGUUAAUGUAUCCUGACAAUCGCUAACUAUCCUCUUGUAUUGGAAGUUUCUUUGUUUCCUUAGGCUGGGUCCUUCAACGUUUGGGAAAAGAGGAAGAUGUUGCGGCAUGGAUCUCUCCAUUGUGGGGAACAAGUGUACAUUCUUCAGAGUGUAACUGAUGACGCAUCUGUUUUCUUCUCUGGUUAGUCGUCUUGCUUGAGGUGCACAAGUGUGAAACGCUCGGGUCAUGCAUUGAAAUGCACCCACAAGACAUAUGGAAAACUCUGUUAGCUUCAUGCCACAAUCAUAUUUUUAAUAAAUCAGAAAAGCCAAGAAGAUGCUUACAAGAAAUGUAACCCAUCCACAGAAACAUGCUGAGAAAAAGAUGACAGGAAGUAAAGUCCAAAAGCAGCACCAAAUAAUUUUCUUAAUUGCAUCACUAAGAAAAGAUCAUCAGCAUCACAACAAGACAUCCCAGCCUCUUUCUUAAGCACCAGACAACAACCAAUACUCUCCAUGUCUGUAAAGCAAGUUCAUUUCAUGGGUUUUAACCUUCCUUCACCAUCCACUAGGGCUAAGAGAGAUUGAAGAAAGCUAAUCAGGUUCUUCAUUAGGAGAUGCUUUUCCAGAGUUCCAAGCUUAUAUGAUUGCCAAAGCUAUGACUUUACAGUCACAAGCAGUGAAGCACUACAUUAUGCGGAUAAAACAAGCUAAUAAACAGGACAUCUUAGUUGUGAUAAUACAUUUUCAGCAACCAUGUUUUGGAAGGCAAAUCUCUCAACGCAUGGCCAAGAAACAAAAGUGAAAGGUGGGGUCUAUCUUUUGUAGAUCAUAAACUGUUCAAGAACAGCUAGAUCUAGUGGAGCUCUAGCACAAUGGGAAGUCUUGAGUAUUGCGAGAUAAACUCAAAUACAACUCUUGACUACAUAAACCGACUGUUAAUGGAGGAGGGCACUGAUGAGAAGGCAAGCAUAUACCAACGACAUGAUGCACUUCAGGCCAUGGAGAAGCCAUUUUAUGAUAUUCUUGGACAAGCAUAUCCAUCUUCACCUACGGAGGCAAUGAUCAGUAGAGAUAACCAAGUAGAUUGUCCCCAAGACAAUUAUAGUGAACAGACAUGCAGUGGUAGUUUUUUCACUGAGAAUCUUGGGCCACAAGGUAUGCACCUGGUAGCCAAUGACUGGGCUUCUGAAUGUGACCAUUUGUCUUUGCAAUUUGAGAGAGGUGCUGAGGAAGCAAAUAAGUUUGUCCCCAUUAUUGUGCAAUUGGUUGAUCUGGACAGUAAUGGCCUUCCUGAUUCCAAUCAAAUGACAAAGGCAACAAUUGGACAAAAGGGCAAGCAUGUAAGCAAAAUACAGAGUCAUCCACAUGUGGACUUGGAGUUUUUGGAAGCAAGGAGCAGUAAGCAUUUGGCCAUCUCGGUUAGCGAAACAACCCGGGAUGAAAUGUUUGACAGUGUUCUGCUCUGUGAUUGGCAGUUCCAUUGUGAUGCUGCUCAUCUUAGAGAAAUUAAGGCAAAAGAAGCAAACAACAGUUCACAGAAUGUUUGGAGAAAAGGUUAUGGCCAAGGGCAGAUGAAGUCACAAGGUAAGAAGAAAGAGGAGGGGAUUGACCUCAGGGAUCAUCUCAUGCAGUGUGCACAAGCAAUAGUAGUAAACAACCUUCCAUUUGCCAGUGAGCUACUGAAGAAGAUAAGGCGUCACGCUUCACCAUAUGGAGAUGGCUCUCAGAGGCUGGCACUUUACUUUGCAAAUGGUCUUGAGGCACGCUUGGCCGGGACAGGGAGUCAGAUGUAUCAAAAACUGAUGGAGAAACGAACAAGAGCCACCGACAUGUUAAAGGCCUACCGCCUUUUCAAUGCAGUGUGCCCUUUCGCUAGGGUAGCAUACUACUUCUCCAACCAAACAAUUGCUGACCUAUUGAACGGGCGACCAAAGGUGCAUAUCAUUGAUUUUGGCAUCACACUCGGCUUUCAGUGGCCAUCAUUAAUCCAGCGUUUUGCCAAGCAAGAAGGUGGCCCCCCAAAGCUUCGUAUCACAGGAAUAGAUGUACCUCAGCCAGGUUUUCGCCCCUGUGCAAUAAUUGAGGCGACAGGAAAACGCUUGGCUGAGUAUGCAGAAAUGUUCAAUGUGCCUUUUGAAUACCAAGGGAUCGCCUCACAAUGGGAAGAUAUCUGCAUCGAGAAUCUCAAUAUUGACAAUGAUGAGGUGCUUAUAGUCAACUGCAUGUACAGAACAAAAUAUCUUGGUGAUGAGACAGAAGACAUAGAUAGUGCAAGGGAUAGGGUACUGCGUACCAUGAACAGGAUCAACCCAGAGGUUUUCAUUCUUGGCAUUGCGAAUGGGAUGUACAACAACCCAUUCUUCCUGCCACGAUUCAGAGAGGUUCUGUUCCAUUAUUCUGCGCUGUUUGACAUGCUCGAUGCAACUGCUCUCCGGAGUGACGAAGAUAGGGUACAGAUAGAAAGGGAUCUGUUCGGGGCAAGUGCACUUAACGUUGUAGCGUGUGAAGGUGCAGAAAGGAUUGAGAGGCCAGAGACUUACAAACAGUGGCAAGUGAGAUGUCUCAAGGCUGGGUUCAAGCAACUUCCUGUUGAUAAAGCAAUCCUGAAGAGAUCAAUAGAUGAAAAAGACAAGCAUUAUCAUGAAGACUUUGUCAUCGAUGAAGAUAGCAGAUGGCUGCUACAAGGAUGGAAGGGGAGGAUAAUGCAUGCAGUGUCCUCGUGGAAACCGAAAGAAUCAUACACUAAUCAGUAAGAUCCAGGUAGAUCGUUGUGAACAAGUCAGCUAAACCAGUAAUGAUGUUGUGAGGAACUUUAGACAAUCUUCAGCAGAAUGCUUUAAGUAUCCUCUAGUCUAGACUCUCAUUUGAACAAAUGUAAGUGCCACAUUAAACAAGGCGUAAAUGAGACUUAGGAUGAGGUGAUGGGUACAACAGAAUGAACAGACAUAGCAAGUAUGAGGUCCCUCUUCUAUUGGUUCAGGUUCUCCCCACCACCUUCCCUAUCUACCCACUGAUCGCAAUUGGUGUCCCUAUGUGGCUACUCUGUCUAUUGACAAGAUUUAUUUAUUUAUUUAUUUGAAAGGGAGAUGAACUAUCCACCUUGUUGCCUGGGGAAAAAGUAUGUUGGCGAGCUCCGAGGGUUGGUAUUCAUAAUCUUGUAAAUCUUCAAUGCCUAGCUCGAGUGCAGCCGUGCAGGUCAUAGUAAAUGAUACGCGUGAGUAGGUUCUAUUAAAAACUUUUUGAGCUGUACAGUUGAUGUGUUGUAUCGUCGGCUCUGCUUAUUUUUGACACUUAGAAUGGAUGGUUUCGCCGGCUGGGAUAUACCAGCUGACCAGCAUAUAAAGUUAUACUCUCUCCAUUAUUA